AUGGAAUAUUCUUUAACAGAUUCGCAAUCUAUGAUAGAAGAUCCAGUUGAAUUUAGAGCGGAUGGAGAGGUUUUAGAAGAAGUUGGUAGUUUACCUACGACGUCUACAUUUAUUCCUACGGAAAUUAUGGAAGAUGAAAAGCUAAUGGAAGAAUCGGUUUCAGUUGGUUUAAAGCCGCGUUUUGAGGUUAAAAAGUGGAAUGCAGUAGCACUAUGGGCAUGGGAUAUUAUUGUUGAUAAUUGUGCAAUUUGUCGUAAUCAUAUUAUGGAUUUUUGUAUUGAAUGUCAAGCGAAUCAGGUUGCACCAAUAAGCGAAGCAUGUACUGUUGCAUGGGGUAUUUGUAAUCAUGCAUUUCAUUUUCAUUGUAUUUCUCGUUGGCUUAAGACUCGUCAAGUAUGUCCACUUGAUAAUAGAGAAUGGGAAUAUCAAAAAUAUGGGAGAUAA